AUGACGGAGAGCACGAGCCGGGAUCCCGACGUCCCUCUUUCGCAGCCAUCAAGCUUUCAGGCCUCAGCAUCGUCUACACCAGGAGCCACUGGGAGCAAUUUGCAAAACCAGGCUCGUGUAGCAGUUCGCCCAGCAGAAACACAAAAGCCUCAAUUGGAUAUUACCUCGGAUAAAGCAACUGCAGCAUUCAUUCGACGCACUCUCUGUUCCCACAAUGUACUACUUGGAAACGGCGAGAAAGGACGCAGUACACCGCGCCCAAUCGAAGAUGUGCUGCCACCUUUAACGAGCUCAAAUGAGGUUGAUCUUCAGCUAUACGGUAUCAUCUCAGUAAUCAUCAAGGAGUUCGUACAGACGUGGUACUCGAAGAUAACUCCCGACCAAGUAUUUGUCAAUGAAGUGAUUCAAAUUAUCGCUCACUGUACCCGAGGUCUGGAGCAGCGUCUCAGAAAGGUCGAUUUGGAAUCACUAUUGCUAGAUGAGAUCCCUGAACUACUUCAGGCUCACCUGACAUCCUUCCGAAUAGCAAAGAACCAAGCCACCUCAUCAAUUUCGCUGGUAUCGGAUCCUCAUCUGAUCUAUCAUACGCUCCACCCACACCCUGCACUUUCUCCUGUUCCAACUGAUGAUGCACCGGCAACAGUCCUAGAGCAGCGGGAAAGCGAGUCGGCGUGGCGCCAACUGCUCAUCCAUGGAGUGUUGGCUCUAUUGCUACCGACAGAGGACUUGAAGAAUGGGUGUUUACGCGCCCUGGUAGCCGAAAUUUUCGCCGAGAUGAUCCUUGGAAACGGCAUUAGCGGCAAAGCUUGCGAAGGCUGGGUGUUAUGGGAAGGCAUCACAAGGAUAGCUGAGAUUCUACAGACCGAUGCCACAGAAGAGAAGGAUCUCCAACCAGACGAUCCCAAUACAGAACAGUCGUUGACCCGUCUUGAGCGCUAUGGCCUGCUGUCUUCACAUGAGGGGACAGAAGUUAAUCCAAAAGAACGACUGGACGCCGGCCAGCGUCGUCAUAAGACCACGGCCGUAUACACCUCGGGUGCGUUCUGGGCAAUCAUCCAAUACGCUUUUCUGGCGUUUACUGCGGUGCGCGCGGUGAUUUUGAGUCUUGCGACAUUAUCUUCCCUCCCGUCCAGAUCUGCCGCAAUCGACCAGUCAUCCGUUGAGGCUGGCAGCCAAUCGCAAAUAUCUCAAGCGGACACUGUAGCUUCCAGGCGCCCGUUAGAGACCAAACGGCCUGUAGUAAGCAUGAGCUUGUGGUCCUUUGUAGCGCAACUUGCCGAGUUAGACGUCCGCAUGCCCUGGCUGUUGGGCUUCAUCUCUAUGCUCCAUCGUGGAGCGUUGGUCGGCCCAGGCAGGGUGGGUGAAACCGAUGGUGUAUUGGACAGGUAA